CCCCUCUACAACCUCCCAGGCACCUCUACCUGGCCUGUACGGUGGUUUAUUCUAGGAAUGGGUAAAUUUCAGCAAAGAUACUACUGCUAUGGGAGCCAGGCUCUGUGCGUGUGUGUGUGUGUGUGUGCGCGCACCCUAAGCUCAGAUUAUGCAAGCCCAGACUGUGUCCUUGUCACCCUCACAUCAUCUCUUUUACUAAUGAAUCCCAAGGAGCCUGAGCAUUUCUUGACUGGCUGAAUGGAGGGGGCACAAGAUGGAGGAUCAUCCCCGGCCACUUCCAGGACUACCCCAUCACAUCCUGCUGUCUUGAGCAUGUUCCCGGGGACAGUCAGGUUUUUAAGGCUGCAUAUGGAUGUGGUGCUUUGGGAUUUGUGUCCUGUAUCUGAUCCUCCUGUGUCCCUUUCCCCUUCCUGCCAGUCCCUGAGAAUCACCUUUCAUUAUGACAUGGGCCCUCCAUGUCCCAUGAUUAGCUUCAGUAGAGGAUUUCACACCUGGUAGCUAGAGGAGUUCCUGUCCUUCUGGAUUCUUACUACUAACCCCCACUUUCCAGGGACCCGAGAGGUGACGGGAGAUGGUCUUGGAAACCGGAGCGAGAGGAACAUAGCUCUGGAAAUGUUCAUGGUGAGGGGUGGGUUCUGCUCUUUGGUUUCCAAACUUCUGAGCUUUCACUUUUGCUCUUCUGUAUGGGAAAAACCAAUUAGCCUUGGCUAUUAGGGUCAUCUGCCUUCAGAGUUGUCCCCUCUCCAGCCUCUGAUGGACCCUUACCUGUUGCCGUCAAAUCGACUCUGACUUGUAGCGACCCUAUAGGACAGAGUAGAACUGCCCCUCAGGGUUCCCAAGGAGCAGCUGGUAGAUUUGAACUGCUGACAUUUUGGUUACCAGCCAAGCACUCAACUACUGUGCCACCAGGGCUUGGAUGGACCCUUAGAUAUACUUUGUAGUUUAUAAAGAAUUUCACUUAGAUUUUUAAAAAUGUGACCCCGCCCAACAAUCUUGGGAUAUAGAUAAGGCAGAUGGUAUCACCCUCAUUUUACAGAUGAUGAGAGGUUAGGUGGUAUCUUCUGGCAAUCUCUGAAACUGAGUCAGUGCAGCCCCUAUGUGGGAAGGCGACAGCAACAGGAAAACUUUCAGAGAACCACAACAUCCUGACCAAAGUCACAGAACUGAAACUGAAGGGCUGGCUUCCUGUGAUGCUCCUCUCUCCUGCGCUUUCCUCUCCCCUGUGGAACAAACAUUUGUGAGCUUUCCUGCCUCGCGUGGUGUCCAGGUGGGCUCUUGGUGGCCACAGAGGCAACUCUUGGGUCUAUCGUGAAAGAAUGGGGCCAGGGGCUCCCCAAGAGGACUCAGCCCGUGUGGUGGUGACUGGGACCCUAGGGGGCUCUGUCACUCUUCCCCUGCAGUGGCCGUCUGAUCUGGAGGUGGAGAGCAUCUCCUGGACAACUCGCUCGGUCCCUGUGGCAAUUGCCAGUGUAACCCUGGUAGAAGCUGGAGGACCAGACAUCUUUCAUCAGGCGGAAAACCGGUACUGGGGCCGUGUGAGUGUCACGGGCCCAGGCCGCUCUCUGCAGAUCAGCAACCUGAGCAGCGAGGAUGCAGGCUUCUAUCGAGCCCACAUUGACCUGAGGAGGUCCCCUGUCACCCAUACCCGGGAGUACAUUCUACAAGUCUAUGAGCAGUUGGCCCGGCCCCGUGUCACCCUCAGCUCCAAGAUGUCUGAGAAUCAACACUGUACCUUCAUUCUGACCUGUGUGGCAGAAAGCAGAGGAGGUCCCAUGACCUACAGCUGGACACCCCUGGGGCCCUGGACUGUUGUGUCCCACGGAGGGUCUGUCCUCAGUGUCUCCUUGAGGCCCAGAGACCGUGAGCUGACAUUUACCUGUAUGGUCCAGAACCCAGUCAGUAACAGCAGCUCCCACCCGGUCUCAGUGCCACACUUCUGUGCAGGAUCUGGAACCACAGUGGGGAAGACAGUGAUUGGCACCCUUGGGGAGCCAGCCACUCUGCAUCUGGAGCUCCCAGCAAGGCAGGAGGUAGAAAAUGUCACGUGGAGCUCUCGAGGGCUUCUUGCUGUCUUGCGACCAGGACCAGGAGGCAAACCAGUCCUGGUUGCUGAGUCUCAGGAACCCUAUACCAGACGAUUGAGUGUCCCCUACCCUGGCUACUCUCUUCAGAUCAGCCCUCUGAGGCUGCAGGACUCUGGCCUCUACAGAGCCCAGAUAACUCUGCGUACUCCUCCAGUGAACAUCACCAAGGAUUUCACCCUGCGUGUCUACGAGAAGCUGCGGGAGCCCAACAUCACUGCCAGCUCUGGGAUCAUGAAUGAUGGGACCUGCAUCAUCACACUCGUCUGCUCCCUGGACCAGGCUGGAGAGGAUGUUCAAUACAGCUGGGACCCCCAUGGCCAGAGGGCAGUUGUGUCCCACGGGGGGACCACUCUCAGCAUCUUCUGGAGAUCUGGGGACAGUGACAGCUACUGCUGCACCAUCAGGAACCCUGUCAGCCAGAGAUCCCGCUCCAUCCUGGCCAAGCCCCUCUGCUCAGCCUCCUUCCUACCCUGCUCCCUGAGGAAAGAAUUUCUUCUCUUUGUGAUCCUGGGAGCUUUGUGGAUUAAAUCGAUUUGACCCUGACACAUGAAGAAGCUGAGAGGAGGAAUGCGAGAAAGUGGCCACCCUGUGAGAUGCAGAGAUACUGAAGUGUUUGCCAACGCUGCACUCCCUGAUGCCAGCAUCUCCAAAUGUGUAUGAGAAGGGACGUGGACAUCGAAAAAGGCAUAAAACCUAUUUCAUUUGCAAACUGAGUUCAAAAAUACUAAGAAACUACUACAUGCGUUCUGUUUAAAAUAAUCAUUUGUUUUGUUUAAGUGUGUCCUAAAGUGUUCAGAAAGAAAAGGGGGCUUAUUCAUGUAAGAAAAAUUAGACAGUUUGAAACAUAAGAAGAUUAAUAAGCUGAUCUAGUGUUUGUGCAUAUAUUUUAUUAUUUUUUUGUUAAUAUUUCAAUAAAUGGGCUCAAGGGCCCAGCUUCAGCUUAAAUGUUACCUCCUUGGAGCAAGCAGUCUUUUGCCUGUCAUAUAUAAGUAGAUCUUCUGAUUAUUCAUAGUCGUUGUACCCAGUUCAAUUUUGCCACAGCACUUAUCGCAAAUUGUAAUUACAUAUUUAUUUGUUCGUUGGCUUGUGUAUCAUCUGUUUCUUCCAUAAGACCUCCAGCUCCAUGAGUGCAGGAACUGUUUCUGUUUAGUUUACAAUCGCAUCCCUAGAGGAUAGCAGAGUACUUGGCUUAUGGUGGAUACUUCAUUAUUUUUUCCAUGAAUGAAUAAAUGAAUGGAUGGAAGAGAGUAGAGAACAGUUUUUUUCUUAAGAUUUUAAGACUAUCAGAAGCUUCAUAAAGAUCUGGAACAUAUACCAUUUCGUGUUUUCCUUUCUCUUUCUGCUUUUGAUCGAAAGAAGAAAAAAACGGGAUUUUCGUCCUAAAAAAGUUCCUUGAACGCUCAAUAGUUAGCAAAAGAAAAAAAGGUUAAAAUAAGAAGAAAAUCAUUUCUAGAAAGUUUUGACAGCAAGCUGCUCUGAAGUGUUAAACAGGUUGAUCUAGAGCUUGAACCUGGUGGCCAAUGGUUAAGCGCUUGACCGCUAACCAAAAGGUUGACAGUUGGAACCCACCCAUUGACUUCAAGGCGGAAAGACCUGGGGAUCUCAUUCUGUGAAGAUCACAGCCAAGAAAACCCUACAGGACGGUUCUACUCUGUCACGUGCCGUCAGUAUAAGUCGAAAUCAACUCAACACACCUAACAAUAACAACAACAGAGUUUGAAUCAUAUACAAGCAACUGACCAAAUUUGGGCGAGUUAUUUUCCUGAGAGAAAGAUCAUGAACUCCUCCUCCCUUUCCUCCCUCUGAGCUGAUUCCCUUGUUUCCUAUUUCACUUACAGUGAAGAUUGACAUGUUCCACCCAUUAUACACAGGCUUCAAUCAGGUUGUUAGCAAUUGAUUCUGAAAUAUAGCCAGGAUGACAAGAUAUUUAAGAAAAGCCUCGAACAUGAAAGACAGACACCAAACCAAACAAAUUAGAAGAAAAGGGGGACUUGGAAGAAGAGAGAUAAGGCAGGGAGCUGAGGAAAGUGAAAUUAAAAGCCCCACAUCUGUAAUUAAUAUUCUCAAAGAGAUAUGAGAGAAUAUUCCGUCUAUGAAACAGGAAGAGAAAGCCAGAAUAAGAAGAAUCAGAAAGAACUUUAGAAAAUAAAAAAUUGACAGAAAAAAAGAAAAUGAAAAAUCAAUGGAAAAAUUGAAGGAUUAAGUUGAGUAAUCCCUCAGAAAGUAGAACAAAGAGAUGAAAAUUAGAAAGAAAAGAUAGUUAGACAAUCAGUCCAGAAACCCCAAUAUCUGAAUAAUACAAGUUCCAGAAAGAGAGAACGGAGAAAACAGAGGGGAGAAAUUUAAGAAAGCAAUAAUGUAAAAUUAUUUUUUCAAACUAAAAAACACAUGCUCCUAUAUUGAAAGGGCCAAGUUGAUUCCCAGAAUAAUUAAUAAUGAUAAUUUAAAAAAGACCCACAUUAAAUCACAAGAUUAUGAAAUAGUGGGACACCAGGAAUAGAGAAAAGCUUCUCAAUGGUUUCAGAGAGGAAAAAAAAAAAAAAAGAUCACAAAUAAAAGAUUGGGUAUGAGAAUGGCAUGAAACUUCAGUAGUUCCAGAAGCCAAAAGACAAUGGAGCAAUGCCUUUAAAACACUGAGGGAGAAUGAUUUUCAG